GUUAUGACAUUUUUGAAGCAAUACACUAAUGGACACACCUGUUGCCGUAAGGGCAAUUAUAGAAAUAUACGAACAAUUGGUUAAUUGACAGGCAGUUGUAUUGAAGGAUAUGUUAGUACAAAAUUGACGAAAACUUCAUUUGCGCCUUUGUUCGACAGUUUUAAGAACUGGUUCUUUGUAGGUAUGGGUGGUCGGCGACAAGCACAGCGAUGUAUGCACCACUGGACUACCAGGACGCUGUGUUUAACGAUAGUGAUCCUACAAGCAGUUUCUAUGAACUGGUAUCUAAUGAAUAACCUCUCAUAUACAUGGGCAGCAAUUUACGGCGCCGACGCUUUUGUCACAGUUCUCUUUGUCAUAUCGUUUCUCAUGGCCUCCAGAAAUAUAAAUAUAGAGAAACACAAUCAAGACCUCACAUUUUCUGAUUUACAACAUUUACCGUUGACCUAUAUAUCUUGGUUUGUUUACAGCGCUGUUAUGGAUAUAAAAAUUGCCGUCAUAUUUAGAACUUUUUCAACUGAUCUCGGAGAAGCGUUCUUCUUUGGACCAAACACUUUAAAAACCACGAUUGCUCUCACCGGGAUCGUGUUCUUGAGUUAUUUACCUACAUUAAAUGAUGUUCAGCACGGACAUAGAAAAGAUAUCAUCACUACACUCACCUCUACUGUUGUCUUUGAUAUUCUAGACGGAGUAGACAACUUAGAAAAUCUUUUUGAAAAAGAUGUACGCGACACUUAUCCACAAGGACUUGACUACGCCAUUAUUGCCGCGUGUUGUAUCAACUUCCUGUUACCCACAGUUCCAUUGUUCACGCUCGCUAAAACUAAAUUUGGGCUGGAGAAACUACCAGUGAAAUUAGAAAUGUUACAUAAAUUUGCCAUUGCGUACCUAGUGAAUUUGCCUUUGUUUGUGACACGUAUGAUCACAUGGCAUGGCCUGUCGCAAGGUAUUUCUAUUUUUCUCCUCAAGAACAUAAUGGCGAUGGGUGUUGUUACAUUUGAAGUAUGUGAAAAACUGCUAUUUAUAAAGAAAGGCAAGGAAGAAAAUAAAGCAAACGAUUCCCAUAAUAAACCAGUUGAUAGAUAUCUUCAUAACAGAUCUUCAUUGUGAUAUACAUUUUACAGAUCAUUUCUUUAAUAGUAUUCGAAGUCAUUAAAAUUUUGAGGUAUGUUCCUGAAUGUUCGCCUUUUGGUCCAAGUUGCUACUUAUUUUUUUAGCUUUUUGCCACAUCUCUGAAAACCUGCAUUUUAUAUGCAGAAUUGAGUAUUUCUUAGUUAUUAUUAUGGAAUUUUACGUUGUCCAAUAUUGUUUCAUUUCUCUGAAAACAUGUUUUUUCCUGCUUUUACUGUAGAAUAAUUUGAUAUUUCUGAUUUAUUAUCAUACAAUCAAGAAAUGUUAUGAAAGUAAACAAGCCCCACAUUUCCAGAGAUUAUCAGUCAACUGUACGUUUUGAGUUCAGUUCAGUAGAAAUAUCUUGAUUAGAUCUCUCAACUUACAUAUUGGUGUGACACAAAUUCAGC